GUCUGUGUGUAGCCUAUGCGUGUGUGUGGAAGCGAAUGUGUGUGUGAGUGUGGAAGCCUAUCCGCCAGGCAGUCGGCUCCUGCACUGAGGAAAGGUGUGUGUUAAGCGGCUGACCUCGCACUGAAUGGACUAGCUAGAUUUUUCGCAGCCACGUAAGUACACACCACCGCCGGAGAGGAUGUCUUGCUGAAUCAAGGGAAAGGCCUUGGAAAGUCGGCCAUCCCUUACUUCCAGCAGCUGAAACAGCCGACAAAAGUUCCUUUGGAUUCAAAAACGAAUUCGUCGCAAAGGACAUCCACUUCCGAACACAACAAAGGUCUUUGAAUUCUGGAUGGUUUUCUCUGUCCAUAUUUGGUCGAUGGCAAUUCCCGAAGCUCGCUGCAUGGACAUGAUUUGUUAAACGAACAAGGCCCGUAUGACACUGACCUGGUAGCUAUGAAGCAAUAGCAUUGCUUUUGCUAUCAAGAAUUAAUGUUGAUUUAAAUAAAGGCCUACCGUAGUUUGCAACCUCGGUGCGAUUUUAACCGCGUUUACUUUGGAUCGUCUCCGUCCGCAAGCUAUUUUCGGAAACGUGUAAUGUAAUUCAAUGAAUUGCAAGUUUAGCGGGCUAUCUUUAUGCUUAAUAUUCAAUCUAGCAGUCCAAUCAUCAUUACAAAGCUGCAAUCGCUAGGAUUUGAGUGUUUCCUUUGUUUCAAAUCGACAUUGCUGUCUCUUGCACUCUGGUAAAGCGUUUCUGCUCAAAUUCCGCACUAUCUCUUGUGCAAAGGGCUGCCGUGCGUCACGGUGCAGUGAACGGUGCUUUUGUUUUAGUCCCAUAGCUGGGUAGAUAAAGAAAACAUAUUACAAACGUUGUCUUAGAAUUGCUUCUCUCAUGUAUUGCAUAUGAGCCCUCCAACAGUAGCCUAGCCUACAGAUAUAGCUUGACAUAACCUACUUAUUACAUUGUAAUAGGUGCACUUGCAAGGGUAGCACGAAAUAUCAUCUAGCUUUAUAUUUUUUGAAGGGCAGCAACAAAGUACAAGACCACGACAACCAAUCUAUUUACUCAAGUUUACAACCCAAAGAAGUGCUGCUACACACCCCUGCCGUCAAAGAGAAGACGACCAGAUAGUUUGGCAGUAUUAGGGAAUCCUGAUGAACAUACAAAGAUCUAAUCCCAUCAGCAUCUCACGUUAUGGGAGAUCACGGCACAAAGCGACCGACUUUGAGGAGUUAGGCCUAUCUUGCUUGAGGACUACAGAAUCCAGCCAGAGUUUCAGCCCUAACCUAGGAUCCCCUAGCCCCCCUGAAACACCAGAUUCCUCCCACUGUAUCUCCUGCAUCGAUAACUACCUACUCCUCGAGCCCUUGGAGGGGGAUCACGUUUUCAGGGCCGCACACCUGCACACCGGGGAAGAGCUCGUAUGUAAGGUGGGUCCUCUAUUAUAAGUGUUUUUAUAGGCCAUUGAGUUGAUUGACGGGCGCAUUUGUCAUAGAGAGAAUGCAGCAGAUACAUUGUCGCGAACGUUACAUCAUGAACAUUCCAUUCAUCUCGAGCAGAUAACACUGUAGCCUAACCAUAAAACACCAUAUUUGGUCAAUCCACCAGGGCCACACACAGGUUUAAUAUAGCAUUUCUCAUUUGCCAAGAUAAUCCAUCCACCUGACAGGUGUGGCAUAUUAAAUAGCAUGAUCAUUACACAGGUGCACCUUGUGCUGGGGAAGAUAAAAGGCCACUUUAAAAUGUGCAGUUUUGUCACACAACACAAUGCAACAGAUGUCUCAAGUUUUGACUGCAGGAAUGUCCACCAGAGCUGUUGCCAGAGAAUUGAAUGUUAAUUGUUCUACCAUAAACUGCCUCCAAUGUCGUUUUAGUGCUGAGGAGUAUUUAUGUCUGUAAUAAAGCCAUUUUGUGGGGAAAAACUCAUUUUGAUUGGCUGGGCCUGGCUCCCCAGUUGGUCUAUGCCCACCCAUGGCUGCACCCCUGCCCAAUAAUGUGGAAUCCAUAGAUUAGGGCCAAAUGAAUUUAUUUCAAGUUACUGAUUUCCUUAUAUGAGCUGUAACUCAGUAACAUCUUUGAAAUUGUUGCAUGUUACGUUUAUAUUUUUGUUCAGUAUAGAUAGAGCCAUAAAUAUAGGCCUACAGUAGUUACAUGUUUUUAGCUAUAGGCAAUCUGGUUGCGUUUUUUGAAUACAAAUUAUGCACACUCUCCAACAGGAAAUAAAGAAUGCACUGCAUACUAGCCUAUGGAAAUACCCGGUGUUGCUGCGAACUUUGUCUCCUGAUAUUUUAUGCAUGAAUUGGAAAUGGAGACGACUGAAAGAGUAAUGGAAAAAGUUAAUGGAGUGCAAAGCAGGCAGCUCAGCUCGCGCGUGUCUCGAGAGCUGUGUGGGUCGGGAUGAUGUAACGUUGACAAAGGAGUGAGUAAUCACGCUCCCUACUCUCCCAAACUCAUAGCCCGUAUAGCACUACCCACGCCUUUGUUCCUCUUUGUAAAAAAAUAAAUAAAAGGUUUUCCUCUGCUUAAUUCAUUACCAGAAUGACACACUAUUUCCUACUGUAAAUGGAUGUUAUGUAGACUUGUUUUAAGUUUUUCUAGUGCAAUAUGAAUAUAAUACAUUUAAUUGUAGUUAAAUCUCCAACACUGCAUUUUGUUGUUCUCCUUAUAUACAGUAGCACACACAUCACUGAGUGUUUGAAAGAUGCAGUAGGCAGAUGGCUUUGCAAGUGCAUAGGGCAAAUUGAGGUCAACCUUUUGGCCUUUGUUCCCACCCCUGUAUGGUACAGUAUUGACUUAACUGUACAGUUUGAUUAUUGGAGCAUUGGCUACAUGUACCCUUGAGUACAUUCAAAUGUUAUGAACCUGGUCUGAUUAAUAGAAAUGUUAGGCUAAAAAGCACACAGGCCCCACAGGAACACAGUCCUAGAGUGUGUCCCAGUGAAAAGGCUAGGCCUACGGCCUUUGGCACUGCCACUGUCAACAAGUUAUAUAUAUAGCACAGGAGGUUGGUGGCACCUUAAUUUGGGAGGACAGGCUCGUGGUAAUGGCUGGUGCGGAAUCAGUGGAAUAGUAUCAAACACAUGGUUUCCAUGUGUUUGAUGCCAUUCCAUUAGCUCCGUUCCAGCCAUUAUUAUGAGCCAUCCUCCCCUCAGCAGCCUCCACUGAUAUAUAUAUAUAUACAGUCCCAGUCAAAAGUUUGGACACACCUACUCAUUCAAGGGUUUUUCUUUAUUUUUACUAUUUUCUACAUUGUACAAUAAUAGUGAAGACAUCAAAACUAUGAAAUAACACACAUGGAAUCAUUUAGUAACCAAAAAAGUGUUAAACAAAUCAAAAUAAAAUUUAGAUUUUAGAUUCUUCAAAGUAGCCACACUGCCUUGAUGACAGCUUUGCACACUCUUGGCAUUCUCCAAACCAGCUUCAUGAGGUAGUCACCUGGAAUGCAUUUCAAUUAACAGGUGUGCCUUGUUAAAAGUUAAUUUGUGGAAUUUAUUUCCUUCUUAAUGCGUUUGAGCCAAUCAGUUGUGUUGUGACAAGGUAGGGGGGGUAUACAGAAGAUACUAAAAAUAAAGAAAAACCCUGGAAUGAGUAGGUGUGUCCAAACUUUUGACUGGUACUGUAUUUAUAUAUAUAUAUAUAUAUAUAUAUAUAUAUAUGGUACUCUAUUUAUAUAUAUAUAUAUAUGACCUCCAUUUUUACUGCAUGUUACCAAGCAACAUCAAAGAUACAUUUGUAAUCUCAGAAUUGACAGUUUACUGCCAAUGUGUAUUAGUAGACCCCAGCUACAAUUGAAGACCUUGAGAAGCACAUGCACACACACACUGCAGGGUGAGACAGAGCCUGCUGCUUUCUAACCGUUUAUGGACUUGGAGCCAAGAGGCUGGCUCACCUGGGCUCCCCUCAGUGAAAGUCAACGGGAGAACUGAGGGAGAGGGGUUACUAUGGAAACCGGGGGAGACUGUACCCUGAAGCGUAUGCAGGAGGGCAAUGGCGGCAAAGUUACAGAAUGUUCACAUUCAGAUAGAAAAGUAUGCAUGCAGAAUAUGGAAUGGUCCCCAUGCAGCUCUAUGGCUUUACCUUCUUUACCUUUCUAUCUGCAGCAGCAUUCUAAUUCCAUGUUGCUGCCCAUGGAAUAAACAUUGGUCUAAAGGUUCUGGAGCCCUGGGGGGUGUAGGCAUAUUCAGUAAGGUGAAGCAUUCAGAACUUUGCGAAAUAUAGAGCUUACACGAUUCCCUAUUCUACACGAUGAUAGACAAUCACAUCUGUUCUAGUCUACACAAUGUGGUGAACAAUGACUAUCAUCUCCAUUGGAUACUAAACUCUCCCUCCCUUUCUACCCACUCCCUCUCUCUCUCCCUCCCCCUCUCCAGGUGUUUGAGAUAGGGAGUUACCAGGAGUCCCUGGCGGCCUACUUCGCCCUGGGCAGACAUGAGCACAUCAACCAGGUGGUGGAGAUCCUGCUGGGGGAGAAGCGGGCCUAUGUCUUCUUCGAGAGGAGCCACGGUGACAUGCACUCCUUCGUCCGUACCUGCAAGAAACUGCGCGAGGACGAGGCCGCCAGACUAUUCCGUCAGAUAGCCUCAGCCGUGGCACAUUGCCAUGACAACGGUGUGGUCCUCCGGGACCUCAAGCUGAGGAAGUUUGUCUUCAGGAACGAGGACAGGUGAGGAAGGGGAUGGGGUGAGGAGGGGUGAUGGAUGGGAGGGGAAGAAAGUCUCUCACCUUAUGCUCUUUGUAAAUAGAUAUGAAUGUACAUAACCCUACAGUAACUCUUUACAUGAAGAUACACUGUGUAGUAACACUGCAAUUACUACAGUAACAAUAUUGUUGUAACAUAAUUAUGGAGUUGAGUAGUUUCUAUUUAGAUUAGAGGUCACCAUAUUGAAGGUACCCAAUAUAACUAGGAGUACACACACACGAAUGUGGCUUGGGGACAACCAGGGUGACUGCUGGACACAGUCCAGGGCCCAUGCCAGCUAGCCGAACUGCUGUUAAACUGGUGGACAGUGACAGCAGAGAUGCCAGGAUUAGAUUUGUCUGACAGAUGUUCAAUUAGGUUGGGAUUUACCAUGUAAGGUUGUGGCACAGAGUAAUGAAUCAGUGCUACAGAGACAUCAGCUAGAGCAGGGUUUAGUAUAUAGAGACCCCUGGUGGUGGACUGUUGAUAUCGCAGCCUAUUAGUUGCAAACAGAAUCAAUAUAGGUUCUAUAACCUAUUAUGCUGCAGAGAUAAAAGUGAAUUAAUCAAACCAAAAUCUCUGUGUGUUCCAUGUUUAUCAUUAUAGUGUUUCAGGAGAACAGUGAUAAAAACAUAUUCUAAUGCUGCUUUUUUAACUUACCCUGUCAAAGCAAGCAUUUGCUGUUACUGGGGAGAUCUGAGCCUGUUUGCCACCUCAUUCAGCCUGGCACUGACUGGAUGCUUGCUCUCUAUCUGAAUGCCCCAGCCUAGACACACACUGACCUUAGGUCCGCUUGGUGUACUCUCCUCCAAUGGUUAAGGUUACAUUGGGUGAAGGGCAAGUUGAUCCUAGAUCUGUGCAGGACCUCAGUCUGCUCCUAUUGCAGAAGUCUAACCUGGCAGUGGAGUUCACUCUAAUUUUAUCCGGCACUGAGCUAAGAAAAUGCAUCCCAUAACAUUUUAACAUGGAAAUAGCUGUUCUAUCAUUCAGCCUACAGUAGCAGCCAAUGUGUGGUGUUCAAUGUGAGCCUACAUUCCAUGAGACUUUAGAAAAAACAUGCAGGGCUUGACAUUAACCUGUUUAUCCACUUGUCCUUCAGACAAGGAGGUGACUGAAAAUGUUUUUGUGUUGUUUGAUGCAAGAAACCACUUUACAAAAUAAAAUGCAUUAUUCUCAUCCAUUAUUACAGAGAAUCAGACAAAUGAUGCUACCUUCUGCCUAUUGGCUACUUAGCUUAUUCAAGCCUGUCUCAAAAUACAACACUGCCCCUUUAAGACAAAAAAAAAAAGCUCUUUACCUGACUCACUUUUCAAAGAUGCCUAGAAAUGUACACAUUUUGUGCUCUUGUAGGAAGCAAUCACUCCCCUAUAGCUGACUACAAAUUAUUUAUAACUGGGCUAAUAACUCACUAACUAGCAAAGGAUAUGAACAAAAUGUGCACACGUAGCUACAAGCAGCUCUUGCUUUGAUCUCAAAACAAGCGCAUCUACUCAGGACCGCUCAUGCUGUGAACACAAUCCAGUUCAAAGUAAAUGGCACAGAUCCGUAUAUGUUAUGGUCUAUUUGCAUAUAGGCCUACUGCAGCUCUGAUUGGUUAUGCGGCACCGUUCUGUGUAGAGUAUGGGCUGAUUCCUGCGUGUCAAUGCAAUAGAAUCCUACUCCGAAGCUUUCUGCCUACAACAAAAUCUCUUGCAUAGUUCGUUUUGUUUUGGUAUGUUGCAUUGAAAGUGGCUAAUAUUGCGUUGAUUCGAUCACAAUUGCCACAGUAAAGGGAAACGUUGAUAGUGUUAACAGGGAAAACUCUAGAACGGUGGUCACCAACCUUUUCUGAGUCAAGAUCAUUUUCUGAGUCAAAAUGCAAGCCGAGAUCUACCGUUCAGAUUUGAUUUGAACAUUACUUAAAAAACGUAAGCCUAUGCAACAUUAACCAAUUAAAAACAGUACUGUAAUGAGGUUUGUGCAGUAGGCUAUAGGCCCAAUACAUUAUCACAGCAUAUUGGUUUUGCUUGAAUUGCCCUGCCAAUGCAUUGUUGUUCGGGCCAUCGUUUUAAAUUAUAUACAAAAAAUGGAGGUAGUCUAUAUGAUCACACCAGUAAUAGAUCCAUUGUUGUAUUACUUGUGAAGCACAGCUGAGUGAGCAUACAUUUAAAUAAUUUGCUUUUUAUUUUACUGGGCUGAUGGGGCCUGCAUCUGAUGGUCAGUCUCAGCAGGAGGGAGAGAGCAGCAGACUGAGGGUCCGCCUCUCAACAUCCCUCCACUCUCCCUUUCCUCCACUGACACUGACCAAAAAGGGACACCAUCUUCCAGCUGAUGGGGAAACUCGAGUUGAACCGCAUUGUUUCUGCCUCAUGCACAAAUUCAUGUUCUUACUCCUAUGAACAGAGAAAGUGAAAUAUUCCUCCAUAUUAAAAAAGACCCAAGCCGCUAAUAAUAACAUCGCAAGCCUAAGGAUACACUUUCCUACUCAUUCAUUACUGCUGCAGUGCUUGUUGUAGCGCUAAGUGGAAAUAGGAAGAAUUUAGGAAGAAUUUGGCUUAGAAGAAUAUGGCUUAUAAAAGUGUUGAAUACAAAGUGUUGACAGUGCUGAGUAAGAACUUAAACAUGAACUCACUCGUAAAAACAGCAGCUCUUUGCUGUAUUCGUUGACAGUCUCUCUCUAGUCAUGGUUUUAAACGUUUUGAAAUCUCACAGUAUCAACUUUGCUGUAGUUUUCUUUUAUGCCUGUGCGGCAGUCCCGGGGAGCUGUGCGGCAGUCCCGGGGAGCUGUGCGGCAGUCCCGGGGAGCUGUGCGGCAGUCCCGGGGAGCUGUGCGGCAGUCUCGGGGCGCGGGUGCAGUUUAGAGGGAACAUUGCCUGUAUCUAUGUGAAUUUGUGGCAGUGUCACCCUCUGGCUCUGCUCAUGGAAAAGGGAAGCUGAGCUGACUGCCACACUCAUCUAAUAGCAGUCUAAUGACCUUGGCUGCCAUGACAGACCUACCAGGGUGGGAUGUCAAACCCUCCACUGAAUGACUGAUGGGGGUAGAGGGGGUUAGGAGAGAAAUUGUGGGGUGGGGAGUCGGGGUCUAGGGGUGCAUCUAAUUCUAAGUGGCUUUCUUCCUAUCCUUAUAUCCUCUCCUGCAUCCGCAGUGAUCUGAAAACAAGCUAGCACGAGAUGAUAACAUUUUGUAAAGGUUGAAAGCAGUGGUAGGGCUACCGGGAAUCUGCUUCACCUAUCCAGCUCUUUCAAAUCAGUGCAGAUGAAAGAAAGGAGACGAGGAAACUGGAGAGGAAGCCACUUCAUGCUAUUCAGAGUCACCCUGGUCAAAAGCCAAGUCCCAGAGAUUCAGUGAGUGGAAGGUCAGAGAAGGGAUAGAGGGAGGGAGAGAGAGAGAGAGGCUACCCGGUAAGGUGAUAUUGCCACAGCAGUGUAUGGUGACAGACUGGGCGUCCUGCUUAUGUCAUCAUGGCUGGAUUGACCAAUCACUGCCCCCCAGGAAAGGUUAUAGGUCAUAGAUCAUACUGGCUGGGAAUCCUCUGCAGUGUCAGCCAGGAGAGAUCUGGAACCCAACCUUCUACAAACACUGUCCUUGGUGUGCCAGACAGUGAACCUUUUAACCCUGCAAUGUGUUCUAAUUCAUUUUUGACAUUGUUAUGUGGGUCAUACUUAACAUGAGAUGCUAUGUAAGCAGUAUUAAGAAAUAUGUCAGCCUCUCUAUCCUAAUGGCUGCUUAGAGAGUUUGCUGAUUUCUAUGUUGCAUGUAGCUCUGUCAAUGAUAUUUACAAACAGGCUGCUUACAAAAGAAUUCUAGCGGCCUGACUGAGGUAAUGCAUUGAUUGAAUACUCUGAACUAUCUGAAAUCAAACAAGUGAACCGGACGGUACAAAAUCCCACAAUUAACAAAGUCAAGCCGUAGCAACAAUCAGUGCAUGUGUGUGGGUGCGUGUCACAGACAGUAAGGAGAUAUCUUCUGAAUAGGCAUUAGCCAUUGCUGCAGCUCUGCUCUUCUCCUCAAUUAAAAUGGAUGAAGUGUGUGUGUGUGUGUGUGUGUGUGUGUGUGUGUCUUUAACAGCCCCUCACACUUCCAAACACACACACAGAUGGAGACACUUUAGGCGGAGCUUCACAAGUGUCCCUUUCUCAUCAUCUGUGUGUAGGGUCUGUGUACCCUGGGCCACUCCAGAGUCCUCAUCAGUCACGAUGCCUCUGAACAACCCAUCAUUAUGAUCAGCAGCUUUCAGAAGACCAUGGCUGUGAUGGUCUACUUGGAAAAGAGACUUAAUUGUUCUCUGUUAAAAGACACUGAUGAUGAUAACGCUUUUGUGUCUUGAAUCCCAUUUUCAAACUGUUCUUACCGCACGCUGACUCAAGGCCGCUGAACUAAAAUCGUCCAUAAUGGUGGCUCUUUGUUGGGCUGGAGAGGCCUAUUGAAUCAGCUGGGCUAUUUAUAGGCUGAGGCAUGCUGUCUGGCUGGCUAGCUGCACUGCUCUUAUCACUGAGAAUGGAAAUGUUAGAUGUACUGUAAGCCCCAGGCAUUAUGUGCUCUACUUCAUUUAAUGUUCAAAGCUAUGGAUCUAAAACAUACGGAUGAUGUCCAUCACAGUGAAUUACAAUGCCCUCCCACCAGAAGAGGGCAACUGCUUACUGUAAUCUUGAACCAUGCGUCAGUAAAUCAAAUCAAAAUUUAUUUGUCACAUACACGUGUUUAGCAGAUGUUAUUGCGGGUGUAGCGAAAUGCUUGUGCUUCUAGCUCCGACAGUGCAGUAAUAUGCAAUAAUAUCUAACACGUAAUAUCUAACAAUUUCACAACAUAUACCCAAUACACACAAAUCUAAGUAAGGAAUGGAAUACUUACAGUGGGGGAAAAAAGUAUUUAGUCAGCCACCAAUUGUGCAAGUUCUCCCACUUAAAAAGAUGAGAGAGGCCUGUAAUUUUCAUCAUAGGUACACGUCAACUAUGACAGACAAAAUGAGAAGAAAAAAUCCAGAAAAUCACAUUGUAGGAUUUUUAAUGAAUUUAUUUGCAAAUUAUGGUGGAAAAUAAGUAUUUGGUCAAUAACAAAAGUUUCUCAAUACUUUGUUAUAUACCCUUUGUUGGCAAUGACACAGGUCAAACGUUUUCUGUAAUUAUUCACAAGGUUUUCACACACUGUUGCUGGUAUUUUGGCCCAUUCCUCCAUGCAGAUCUCCUCUAGAGCAGUGAUGUUUUGGGGCUGUCGCUGGGCAACACGGACUUUCAACUCCCUCCAAAGAUUUUCUAUGGGGUUGAGAUCUGGAGACUGGCUAGGCCACUACAGGACCUUGAAAUGCUUCUUACGAAGCCACUCCUUCGUUGCCCGGGCGGUGUGUUUGGGAUCAUUGUCAUGCUGAAAGACCCAGCCACGUUUCAUCUUCAAUGCCCUUGCUGAUGGAAGGAGGUUUUCACUCAAAAUCUCACGAUACAUGGCCCCAUUCAGUCUUUCCUUUACACGGAUCAGUCGUCCUGGUCCCUUUGCAGAAAAACAGCCCCAAAGCAUGAUGUUUCCACCCCCAUGCUUCACAGUAGGUAUGGUGUUCUUUGGAUGCAACUCAGCAUUCUUUGUCCUCCAAACACGACGAGUUGAGUUUUUACCAAAAAGUUAUAUUUUGGUUUCAUCUGACCAUAUGACAUUCUCCCAAUCCUCUUCUGGAUCAUCCAAAUGCACUCUAGCAAACUUCAGACGGGCCUGGACAUGUACUGGCUUAAGCAGGGGGACACGUCUGGCACUGCAGGAUUUGAGUCCCUGGCGGCGUAGUGUGUUACUGAUGGUAGGCUUUGUUACUUUGGUCCCAGCUCUCUGCAGGUCAUUCACUAGGUCCCCCCGUGUGGUUCUGGGAUUUUUGCUCACCGUUCUUGUGAUCAUUUUGACCCCACGGGGUGAGAUCUUGCGUGGAGCCCCAGAUCGAGGGAGAUUAUCAGUGGUCUUGUAUGUCUUCCAUUUCCUAAUAAUUGCUCCCACAGUUGAUUUCUUCAAACCAAGCUGCUUACCUAUUGCAGAUUCAGUCUUCCCAGCCUGGUGCAGGUCUACAAUUUUGUUUCUGAUGUCCUUUGACAGCUCUUUGGUCUUGGCCAUAGUGGAGUUUGGAGUGUGACUGUUUGAGGUUGUGGACAGGUGUCUUUUAUACUGAUAACAAGUUCAAACAGGUGCCAUUAAUACAGGUAACGAGUGGAGGACAGAGGAGCCUCUUAAAGAAGAAGUUACAGGUCUGUGAGAGCCAGAAAUCUUGCUUGUUUGUAGGUGACCAAAUAGUUAUUUUCCACCAUAAUUUGCAAAUAAAUUCAUUAAAAAUCCUACAAUGUGAUUUUCAGGAUUUUUUUUCCUCAAUUUGUCUGUCAUAGUUGACGUGUACCUAUGAUGAAAAUUACAGGCCUCUCUCAUCUUUUUAAGUGGGAGAACUUGCACAAUUGGUGGCUGACUAAAUACUUUUUUCCCCCACUGUAUAUGGACGAGCAAUAACAGAGCGGCAUGGACUAAGAUACAGUAGAAUAUUAUAGAAUACAGUAUAUACAUAUCAGUAAUGCAAGAUAUGUAAACAUUAUUAAAGUGACUAGUGUUCCAUUUCUUAAAGUGGCCAGUGAUUUCUAUAGGCUAGUGAUGGCUAUUUAACAGUCUGAUGGCCUUGAGAUAGAAGCUGUUUUUUAGUCUCUCGGUCCCAGCUUUGAUGCACUUGUACUGACCUCAACUUCUGGAUGAUAGCGGGGUGAACAGGCAGUGGCUCGGGUGGUUGAUGUCCUUGAUGAUCUUUUUGGCCUUCCUGUGACAUCGGUGCUGUAGGUGCCCUGGAGGGCAGGUAGUUUGCCUCCAGUAAUGCGUUCGGCAGACCGCACCACCCUCUGGAGAGCCCUGCGGUUGCGGGCAGUGCAGUUGCCGUACCAGGCGGUGAUACAGCCCGACAGGAUGCUCUCAAUUGUGCAUCUGUAAAAGUUUGUGAGGGUUUUAGGUGCCAAGCCAACUUUCUUCAGCCUAUACUCACAAUGUACUUUUGAUUUUAUGGACAGAUUCAAUUAAAAUUAGAAAAUGGGUCAUCCUGUAGUAAGAGGACUCUGAGUAUUAAUAUUGUUUGUUGUCGAUUCUUGUCUCCCUCCAGGAGCCUUGUGAAGCUGGAGAGCCUAGAAGACACCUACAUCCUGGAGGGCCAUGACGACUCUCUGUCAGAAAAACAUGGUUGCCCCGCCUACGUCAGCCCCGAGAUCCUCAACGCCAGCGGCAGCUACUCGGGCAAAGCGGCAGACGUCUGGUCCCUGGGCGUCAUGCUCUACACCAUCCUGGUGGGCCGCUACCCCUUCCACGACGUAGAACCCAGCUCCCUGUUCAGUAAGAUCCGCCGGGGCCACUUCAGCAUCCCAGAGAACCUAACGCCCAAGGCCAAGUGUCUGAUCCGGAGUAUCCUCCGCCGGGAGCCCGCAGAGCGCCUCACAUCCCGGGAGAUCCUGGAGCACCCCUGGUUCUUAUCCUCCGGGGCAGCAGGUGGCACUGUGGUCCAGGGGAGAGGGGAGCGGGAGCAGGAGCAGACUGUGCCUGAGGUGAACAUGGAGGAGGAGCUGGAUCAGUUCUUCAGCUGAGCAGACAGGAAACAGGAAGCACAAAGCGGGGACUACGCCACAGCGCGGAACAAACGCGACACGCUCUGAAAGAGCCUAAAGGUAGAUUAGUUGUUUAGCAGGUGAAACAUUGUCACUCACAGAAAAGGUGUAUCCAUCUUUUUUUCUUUCCAUUUCAUGGAAAACCAGCCUCGAGGCAGAGCCAGGUGGCGAAUGGCGUACAAACAUCAUCGGGGGUGGGACUUCUGUUAAGAGGAGUUGCCGCCACUGGACAUGCUAGUCACAAACAAUGUAGCAAACGUUAUCUUUUGUUGUUCCUUUUUUUAAGUGGUGCUUUUAAAAGUAGAGACAUACGCCAUGUUGUGACGCUACAGAAAGCACGAAGGGACAAAAAACCUCAGCCAAGGAGAACAAGAACA